GCGUGCCGGGGGAAACCAAUCAGCACGUUCCAACGAACAGCUGCUCCGCCAAUGGCGUGCCUCCACGAUGGGGAAGAAGUGACGGCUUAUAUAUGAAGAGAGCACAGUUCAUUUAACAUCAUUACACAGAGGCAAGAAUACAGAAUAGACGGAAAAAGAGAGAUACACCGCUAUAAGAGGCUGGAACCAGUAGAGGCAACGCCAAGGCCGUUAAUUCAUUGAAAAAGCUGCUAUUAAGAUUUCUUCUGUAGAUCUGAGUUCAAUCGAGCCAAGAUGAAGUUGAUGUGGGUACUAAUGCUGGUGGCCGGCACAGUGUUCUGCGAGGACGACGACAAGAGGGAGAGUGUGGGGACUGUGGUUGGAAUCGACCUGGGGACCACCUACUCAUGUGUUGGAGUUUUCAAGAAUGGCCGUGUGGAGAUCAUUGCCAAUGACCAGGGUAACCGUAUCACCCCAUCGUAUGUGGCCUUCACCAGCGAGGGUGAGCGUCUGAUUGGUGAUGCCGCCAAGAACCAGCUGACCUCUAACCCUGAGAACACCGUCUUUGAUGCCAAAAGAUUGAUUGGGCGCACUUGGGGAGACUCAAAUGUGCAAUCUGACCUCAAGUACUUUCCCUUCAAGGUUACUGAGAAGAAGAGCAAGCCUCAUAUUCAGGUUGACAUUGGAGGUGGCACGAUGAAGAGUUUCGCUCCGGAGGAAAUCUCCGCCAUGGUGCUGACCAAGAUGAAGGAGACUGCUGAGGCGUAUCUGGGCAAGAAGGUCACACAUGCUGUGGUAACUGUCCCUGCCUACUUCAAUGAUGCCCAGCGCCAGGCAACUAAGGAUGCUGGAACCAUCGCUGGUCUGAAUGUCAUGAGAAUCAUCAAUGAGCCAACUGCUGCUGCCAUCGCUUAUGGUCUGGACAAGAAGGAUGGCGAGAAGAACAUUCUGGUGUUCGAUCUGGGAGGUGGCACUUUCGAUGUCUCCCUUUUGACCAUCGACAAUGGUGUGUUUGAAGUGGUGGCCACCAAUGGCGACACUCAUCUUGGAGGUGAAGACUUCGACCAGCGCGUCAUGGAGCACUUCAUCAAGCUCUACAAGAAGAAGACUGGCAAAGAUGUCCGCAAAGACAAUCGUGCUGUGCAGAAGCUGCGUCGUGAGGUUGAGAAGGCAAAGAGGGGUCUGUCUGCCCAGCACCAGGCCCGUAUCGAGAUCGAGUCCUUCUUUGAGGGAGAGGACUUCUCUGAGACCCUGACCCGUGCCAAGUUUGAAGAGCUCAACAUGGACCUGUUCCGUUCCACCAUGAAGCCUGUACAGAAGGUGCUGGAAGACUCUGACUUGAAGAAACCCGACAUUGAUGAGAUUGUCCUGGUUGGAGGUUCCACCCGUAUCCCCAAAAUCCAGCAGCUGGUGAAGGAGUUCUUCAAUGGCAAAGAGCCCUCCAGGGGCAUCAACCCCGAUGAGGCUGUGGCAUACGGAGCUGCUGUGCAGGCUGGUGUGCUGUCUGGAGAGGAAGACACCGGUGAUCUGGUUCUUCUCGAUGUGUGCCCCCUGACUCUUGGUAUUGAGACUGUUGGAGGAGUAAUGACCAAGCUGAUCCCCAGGAACACAGUGGUGCCCACCAAGAAAUCCCAGAUCUUCUCUACAGCCUCUGAUAACCAGCCUACUGUCACCAUCAAAGUUUAUGAAGGCGAGCGUCCUCUAACAAAAGACAACCAUCUGUUGGGCACGUUCGACCUGACUGGCAUCCCCCCUGCACCUCGUGGUGUACCACAGAUUGAGGUCACCUUCGAGAUUGAUGUCAAUGGUAUUCUGCGCGUCACCGCCGAGGACAAAGGCACAGGCAACAAGAAUAAGAUCACAAUUACAAAUGACCAGAACCGUCUUACCCCCGAGGAUAUUGAGCGCAUGGUGAACGACGCCGAGCGCUUCGCUGAUGAGGACAAGAAGCUGAAGGAGAGGAUCGACUCCCGCAACGAGCUCGAGAGCUACGCCUACUCCCUGAAGAACCAGAUCGGAGACAAGGAGAAGCUUGGAGGCAAGCUGUCCGAUGAAGAUAAGGAAACCAUCGAGAAGGCAGUGGAGGAGAAGAUUGAGUGGAUGGAGUCCCAUCAGGAAGCUGAGAUAGAAGACUUCCAGGCUAAGAAGAAAGAGCUGGAGGAGGUGGUACAGCCCAUUAUCAGCAAGCUUUACGGUAGUGCUGGCGGACCACCACCUGAGGGCGCCGAGGGCGAGCCAGAGGACAAGGAUGAGUUGUAAGCAGGAUGGAAGUCUUCUGCCACCCCUUGCCUCUCUGGGAGUUGCAUCUAGAUGUGUAUAUAUUGGACUGAUGGGACUCAAAUAGUGAGCGGAAUGGUUGGGAAGGGGUGGCGAUAACAAGCAACCAUUCUGAAUCUUCUGAAAGACUUUAAGAUGAGUUUCAGUGAAAGGUGUUCUUCGCUCUGAAGCGGAGAUAUUCGUCAGCCCGGAUAUGAGGCUAGCUGCUGCUGUUCUCAGGCAGUUCUGAUGGGGUUCUGUUGUGGGUGGGGGGGGGGAUGGGGACAGGUGUCUGUGGGUCCAUUCAGUGUCUGUGGGUCCAUUCAGUGUCUGUGAGAUCAAGAGAUUGUUAUGUUCACAGGCAUCACUAAAAGUUAUUUAUUGAAUCUGGUCAUAGUACUUCUGGAAAGACAUUGAAAUAAAUGUUUGAUACAAAAUGA